CUUCUGGGAGGAACCGGUGACGAUUCGCUUCUCGCAGGACUUGGUGGGCCCGCAGUCCCGUCGCUCGUCUCUGUCCAUGCGCCAUCGACAUCGCAGCUCGAGUAGCAGCAGCCUCAGCGUCUCGGCGUGUAGCAAUAGCAGCGCAGUCAGCAGCUACCCAGCCCCCAACGCAGCGGUGCCUCGAUGCUGGCAUUUGAGUCCUGAUCAGUCCUACGAGGACUACGAGGUGGUAUUCACGGAGGACAAGUUGGGAUUGACACUCAAGAGCCAAGAGCAAGUGGACCCAUCCGGCAACAGAAUCCCUGUGACCAUCGUCAAGUCCACAAUUUUCAGCGUCGGUCAAGUCUCACAUCAGAUCCGCGAGGGCGACGUGCUGCAGUCGGUGAAUGGAGAAAGCAUCGCUAACUUGGAGUUCCAGGAUGUGCUCCGUAUCCUCAAGAUCGCGCCAAGACCAAUCCGCUUGCGGUUCCGUACUAGAUAUACACUGCGGGGUGUUCGACGAGCAUGGUCGGUGUCAGAUGACCAGCAGGAGGUGUCGUCCAGACGGUCCAGUACCAGUAGUAUGGACAGUGAUCUGCGAAUGCCAAUCGCAGCAGGGCCUUUCAUGUUUCCCGAGCGCCCGGGGUUGGAAGAGGAUCGAGACGACUCAGACAGUCAAGAUGCAGUCAUGUCCGAGAGUUUUGGCGACGCUGAUAGUGCGCGAUCAACUGAAAACAGCUCGUCAUCGCGGCUAGCAGCGUUCUUACGACCUUUUCGUCGUGGCGACGGCUUUGACGGAGGUAGAUUGGAGCUUCGUAUGGGCAUUGUACCGGCAUCGCCGCGUACAGAGAUUUUUCUCGAGUCGCCAUCAAAGGCGGCGAUCCACGUGCGUUGGCGUGUGCAUUCCAACGCGACAUCGUACCAUUUACAGUUCUCUCGAGACUGGACGAUGAAGGUAUGGAAGAACUGGUCCGGCCGGCCUCGACGAUCAAGUGAGAACGAACGCGAGCUCGUCACGACGAUCUUUGGUCUCGACUAUUCGAAAAGCUACGUGGUGCGUGUGCGCUACGAGUUCAGCGGUGGCCACGGCCCUGGCGAAUGGAGCUCACCAAGUGCAUCAAUUACUACCAUCAGCCACGUCGACGCCAUGCACCAUCGGAUCGUACAGCCGCGGACGCAGCGAGGAUGA